CCGAAUUAUCCAACUGUUCCAAUGGCAAUGGAUUCGGAGGAGGAGGAGACGUCUUCCAUGUCGCCGUGGUCGUCGUCGUUGUUGUCGGCGGCGGCGUCGUCGCAGCCGCUGCUGCUGAACCCGGCGUACGCGCGGAGCAAGUCGGUGAUCCACGACGAGCUGCGCAGCUUCCGGGUGUUCCUGCAGUGGUGCGCGCUGGACCACUCCUCCCGCGCCGCGCGGGCCGCGUCGUACGCGGCGUUCCUCGCGCUGGCGCUCGCCGUCCCCGCCGCCGUGUCGCUCUCGCUGCGCGCCGACGCCGGGGCGUCCCCCGUGUCCGCGUCGGCGAUCACGUUCAACCGCGUCGCGCAGGCCCCGGCGACGGGGCUGGCGGCGAUCUCGUUCGCCGCGCUCGCGUCCUUCUUCCGCCGCGGCGGCGGGCUCCGGCAGCUGCUGUUCCUCGACGGCGGGCUCCGCGACGACACCGCGUUCGUGCGGCGCGGGUACGCGCGGGAGCUGGACCGCGCGUUCCGCCUCCUCGCCGCGCUGCUCCUCCCGUCGCUCUGCGUCGAGGCCGCGCACAAGGCCGUAUUCUUCUUCGCCACCGUACGCGUCGAGCCGCCGCUCCCCCUCCCCGGCGUCGGCGUGCCGUGGCGCGCGGUGGCGCUGGUGGCCACGGUGGCGUCGUGGGUGUACCGCACGGGCGUGUUCCUCCUGGUGUGCGUGCUGUUCCGCCUCACGUGCGAGCUCCAGAUCCUCCGCUUCGAGGGGAUCUACCACAUGUUCGACGUCGAGGCGCGCGCCGCCGCCGCCGAGAUCUUCGCCGAGCACCGCCGCAUCCGCACGCAGCUUCUCGCCACCAGCCACCGCUACAGGGCAUUCAUCCUCUCCUGCCUCGUCACCAUCACCGUCAGCCAGCUCGGCGCCCUCGUCGUCGCCCUCUCCUCCAAGGACGGCAAGAGCUUCGCCAACUCCGGCGACCUCCUGGUCGGCUCGUCGGUGCAGCUCAGCGGCUUCUUCAUGUGCCUCUUCGGCGCGGCGAGGAUCACGCACAGAGCGCAAAGGAUCGUGUCCAUCGCGAGCCAGUGGCACAUGAGCAUGGAGGCCGUGGCGCACCACGCCAAGUCGGCGCCAUUGCCGGCGGCGCCCAGCUCGUCGGCCAGCGACGUGGACGCGCCGCACCAACCGGAGCUCGGGACGACGACGACGGCGGCGUGCGCCUACAGAAGCAGACACGCCCUCGUGACGUACCUGUGCCACAACAGCGGCGGGAUCACACUGUUCGGGUUCACGCUGGACAGGGGAUUGCUCCACACCAUCUUCGCCUUCGAGAUGACUCUCGUGCUAUGGAUUCUAAGCAAAGUCCUCUCUUAAUUAAUUAUUAGCUCGUGUUAAUUGUUAAAAUUUCCUCACCAGUUUGCAAGAACGCAAUUAUGCAAUGUGUCAGUAAAUGUUUAUGAGUGUGGUAUGUUUCAGCAAUUGGACGAUGUACAUAUAAUCGUCUACUCCCUCCGUUUCAUAUUAUAGGUCGUUUGACUUCGGUCAAAAUCAAAUUAUUUCAAAUUUGAUCAAGUUUGUAUAGAAAAAGUAAUAAUAUUUUUAAUCCAAGAUAAAUAUAUUAUGAAAAUAUGUUCCAUUAUCAUUUAAUUGAUCUAAUUUGGUGUUGUAAAUAUUAAUAUAUUUAUCUAUAAAUUUAAAUUAGUUUGAUUUUAACCAAAGUCAAAACGACUUAUAAUCUAAAACGGAGGGAGUAUCAUUCUGAACUUCUGGUGUAUAAAUGUAAAAAAAAAGAUUCAGAUCAUGUGGUUGGAUUAGUAAUGUGGCAAUUCUGAAA